GGGAGGGUGGGACAGUGUGCAGCUCACACAGUGUUCCCAGGCCAGGCCAGGGAAAUGAAAUGCCAGCUUCAGCCUGUGUGUGGUUUCUGUGCCAGGGGCAGCUCAGCGUAGGGAGUGCCCUGUGGAGCCCCAGAGGGGGUGCCAGGGAGUGGCUGGGGGGCUGCAGUGUAGAAAAGUAGGCCAGAUGGCUGAAGCAAGCUACCCCAACAGUCCUGGUUCCCUGCAAAGAGAAACGGGGGCUGGCCUGGAAGCCCAGAGCAGUAACAGUCACGGUGCCACCCUCGGUGCCACAGAUGGAAAUGCAGGUCGCAAUCUGAAGGAGUGGCUGAGGGAGCAGUUCUGCGACCACCCCCUCGAGCACUGCGAAGACACGAGGCUGCACAAUGCUGCCUAUGUCGGGGACCUGGACACACUCCGGAGCUUGCUGCAGGAGGAGAGCUUCCAAAGCCGAAUCAACGAGAAGUCCGUGUGGUGCUGCGGCUGGCUGCCCUGCACCCCGCUGCGCAUCGCUGCCACCGCCGGCCAUGGCAACUGCGUGGAUUUCCUCCUCCAGAAAGGGGCGGAGAUUGAUUUGGUGGAUGUGAAGGGGCAGACAGCCCUCUACGUGGCCGUGGUGAACGGGCACCUGGAGUGCGCCCAAAUCUUGCUGGAAGCUGGCGCAGACCCCAAUGGGAGCCGUCACCAUCGCAGCACCCCUGUGUACCACACCUCCCGCGUGGGCAGGGCUGACAUCCUUAGAGAGCUAAUAAGGUAUGGCGCUGAUGUGGACGUUAACCACCACUUGCCCUCGCGGGUCCCCAGCCCCGCCUCUCGCCCGCUCACUUCCUUGGUGGUCUGCCCUCUGUACAUCAGCGCUGCCUAUCACAACCUCCAGUGCUUCAAGCUGCUGCUCCAGGCUGGAGCCAACCCCGAUUUUAACUGCUGCGGCCCCGUCAACAUCCAGGGCUUCUCCAGGGGCUCCCCGGUCUGCGUGAUGGAUGCUGUCUUGAGACACGGCUGCGAGCCAGCCUUCGUCAACCUCUUGAUUGACUUUGGAGCCAACUUGAACCUGGUGAAGGCAGAGGCCCUGGGUGCCGAAUCGACUGGAAGAGUCAAAGUCAACCCAGAAGCCAUGCAGGUGUUCAAAGAAGCCAGGAGCUGCCCCAGGAGCUUAUUGUCUUUGUGCCGUGUGGCCCUGCGGAGGAUACUUGGCAAAUACCAUCUGCAUCUGAUACAUACUCUUCCAGUCCCAGACCCUAUCAAACAAUUUUUACUUCACAAACAGAGCUAGAAUGCAAUCAGCUGCUUUGGGGACAGUUUGCUGUAAGAAAUGAGUGAGCUGAUGAAAACAGGUGCCAAUCGCCCCUCCUCCCCCAGUGCUGUUUUGAAAUAUAUCCUAUGGUUAUUUGCAUAAGGUUAUUUGUUAUAACACUACCUCUGUUGUUGCUACUUGUAACUUGUCUUGGGUUUUAGCAACACUAUUGUAUGUUGAAGUUGUACCUACUCAAUUGGUGGGCUUUUAUCUGCCUAUAAAAUGCCUGACCUUAUCAAUAAUGGGCAUGUUCAGUUCCAUUAGUUUCUCAUGCUUCAGCAGUCCUUACUCCCUUGAGGAGCUGACAAUUGCUACUGUGCAUAUGGCAAGUGGAUGUGUUUUCACCUGCUGUACGUCUCAUUCUGGGGCAAUGCAUUGGGUUUCUUGUCUGGUGCCGUGUGUUCCCUGGAGAAUAUGAAAUUGCUUGUGUGUGCCUAGCUGCUGCAAAGUAGCAGCAGAGUCCCAAGCCACAUCACUUGGCUUUUGUUGUUUAGAAAUUCCGAGCUGGGACUACUAAAAGGCUAGGAAAUAGCCAACUGGUCUGAGCAACUGCAGGUGUCCUCAAAACACUCUCAGGUGUGAUAUGGUGUCCUAACCUACCUGCUACCAAAAUAUAUAUAGGUCAAGGUGGGCUACCAGACAAAUAGGUCUCCAAUUACAUGAGUGCCUGGGAGUGGACCAACUAUAGCAAUCACUGCCAUGGCAUGAAGGGGAAAACCCAUAAGAAAGAAGAAAAGCAUGUGGUUUCUUAAUGGGGCUGUGGAGAAAGCACAUAGUAGCCUGGUCUGCCCUCACCAUGGCAGUGUGGCUUAGCAGGCAGGACGCUUGGCUAUGAGCUGUGAAGGUGUCAGUCUGAGAUUCUGCUCAGAUGCUCUAUUCCACUCCUUCGUGAAUGUGGUGCCGCUCAGCCUUCUAAUAAGCUAACAUUUCUAAUGUCCAUGGGCCACCGAAAAACUCCCAUGGCACGUCUCAAAAAGACAAUGUUCUGCUGAACAGCCCCAUGCGCGGUAAUGCUGGUUGAAAUAUCCGAGGACAAAUGGGAGCUGCUAUUCGGCGAAUAACUUGGUAAAUGUAUCUGUAGUGUCCUUACACUACCGGUAAUUAACUCCAUGCUUGUAAAUUGCUGUGGGGUUACACUAUGCAGGAAACUCCACCAAACCAAAUACUAGUCUGCUUUCAUUGCUUAGAAACACGCUGCCCCCGCUAAAAUGUUAUCAGUGUUCCAACAACCAUGUAGGCAGUUAUUGAUGGGGAGGCAUCGGCAGUUUGCAAAGCAUGGCACACGCAUAUAGACAUUACUACCACCCUUCCCUGCCCAUCCUGUGUUGGCAUCAUUGUCAGAUAAAAUGUUCCCCAAUCAUCAGGUGUUUCCUACUUCUGCUGUGGACAGGACAAUUUCUUGGGGUGUCUGGAUGACUGAGCUGCUUGGUUUUAUCUUGAAUAAAGACUUAGUAACACUGCACCCAACAGAAGAAUGCUGGGCAGCUCUGCCAAGGCGCCCUUGGUUUCUAGUGUCUCCAUUUAUUAUUGUUUAUGUGGCAGUAAUGACUAGCAGGCGCCAAUCACAGACCGGGGCCCCACUGUACUAGGCCCAAUACAAUCAGAACAAGAGACUCCCUGUCCCAAGGAGACCACCUAGAGUGCUUUCCUCUCCUAUGCUCUGCAUAGGGACGCUUUAAAAACAGAUAGGUGGGCCCUGUCCCAUUGAACCCUGCAGUAUGUGUUCUGCAGUGCUCCCAGCAGCAGAGUGUCAAGGUUUGCAAUGAGGCGGUCCCACAGCUGGAGAGAAGUUCCCCCUCCCUUUUACUCAUGUAUUUAGCUGUUGAUUUCUAUAUACUAUAUUUAUGUAUAUGCUUUGGAUGAGAUGCUGUGCUGCACCUGUGAGGGCACAGCACCAAACUUGCAGUCCAAAGGGAGGGGAAGCUAUGGUCGCUUUUGUGCCCUCCUAAUCCUGGGCUGUUGCAGGGGCUGCGGGAGGCCUGGUGUAAUGUAGUCAGUCCCAGGAGACUAAAUUACAGCAGUCUUGCAGGCUCCAGCAUUAUACAGUGAAUUGCCUGGAAAUUGGUGCACACGCCAUCCUUCGCAACACCUCCCUCUGCACACCCACUACACCAGGAGUUUUGAGGGGUCCUUGAAAUGUAGCCUUGAGGCCGUCUUCUGCAGUGCCUGUGCCAGAGAAAGCCGCCCCUGGGUGGUUACAAUGCUUUUACUCUGAUCCAGCCCUUUUACCCAGUGUAAAGGGGCUGAGGAGACCAUUCUUUGUCUUGAGUGCCUGUGGAGAGUUGACGGAGAAGCAUGAAAGGCAGAGAGAGGCAGAGAGAGGCAUAGGUCUCAGUGCUAAUUUAAAUAAUGUUCCUUCUCCAUAGCUAGUCCAGUAAUUGAUGCAGAUCAGUUGCUCAACAACUACUCACUGCCACUUCUCAUCAGCCAGGAUCUAGAAUCGUAGGACUGGAAGGGACCUCGAGAGGUCAUCUAGUCCAGUCCCCCGCACUCAUGGCAGGCCUAAGUGUUAUCUAGACCAGGGGUUCUCAAACUUUUUCUCUCUGAGGCCUCCCCAACAUGCUAUAAAAACUCCACAGACCACCUCUGCCACACCAACUGCUUUUCUGCAUAUAAAAGCCAGGGCCAGCAUUAGGGGGUAGCAAGCAGGGCAAAUUACCCGGGGUCCCACACAACAUGGGGACCUGCAAAGCUAAGUUACUCAGGCUUUAGCUUCAGCCUAGGCUUGAGCCCAAUGCAGUGGGGCUUCAGCUUUCUGCCCUGGGCCCCAGCAAAUCUAAUGCCAGCCCUGCUUGGCGGCCCCCGAGGGGGCCCCAGAUACCUGGUUGAGAACCACUGAUCUAGACCAUCCUGACAGGUGUUUGUCCAACCUGCUCUUAUAAAUCUCCAAUGACGGAGAUUCCACCACCUCCCUAGACAAUUUAUUCCAGUGCUUAACCACCCUGACAGGAAGUUUUUCCUAAUGUCCAACCUAAACUGCCCUUGCUGCAAUUUAAACCCAUUGCUUCUUGUCCUAUCCUCAGCAGUUAAGAACAACAAUUUUUCUCCCUCCUCCUCGUAACCACCUUCUAUGUACUUGAAAAUUAUUAUCAUCUCCCCUCUCAGUCUUCUCUUCUCCAAACCCAAUUUUUUCAAUCUUCCCUCACAGGUAAUAUUUUCUAGACCUUUAAUCAUUUUUGUUGCUCUUCUCUGGACUUUUUCCAAUUUGUUCACAUCUUUCCUGAAAUGUGGUGCCCAGAACUGGAUACAGGUGAGGCCUUAUCAGCAUAGAGUAGAGCAGAAGAAUUACUUCUCUUACAACACUCCUGCUAAUACAUCCCAGAAUAUUGUUUUCUUUUUUUGCAACAGUGUUACACUGUUGACUCAUAUUUAGCAUGUGAUCCACGCUAAGGCUAUGAUUUAGUCACUGGUAUUUUUAGUAAAAGUCACGGACAGGUCACGGGCAAUAAAAAAGUCACCGACAGUGACCUGCCUGUGACUUUUACUAAAAAUGCCAGUGACUAAAUCUUAGGUGCUGGGGGUGAGGCGAGGGGGGAAUGCUCCAGCAGACACUGUUGCUGGGGGGGGUGUGCUCUGGCGGAUGCUGAUGUUCCUAGGGUGGGACGGUGACCAGUAGCUCCGCUGCUGCUGCUCCGAGCAGGGGGUCCUGUGGCCACUGCUACUCCUCCGGGCGGGAAAGGCCUGGGGUGCUGCUGCUGCUGCUCCUGGACUGCUGCUCCGGGGCCGCUCCAGGGACCAGUUACCUGGGGCCACCAGAGCAGCGGCCAGUGCAGGUGGCCCCAGGGCCGCCGCAGCUGCAGGAGUCACGUGACUUUCCGUGACCUCUGUGAAAGACUUGCAGCCUUAACUUUGCCCAUCAGAUCCCUUUUCGCAGUACUGCUUCCUAAGCAGUCAUUUCCCAAUUUUGUAUGUGUGCCACUGAUUGUUCCUUCCUAAGUGGAGUACUUUGUAUUUGUCCUUUUGAAUUUCAUCCUAUGAAUGUUUGUGUUCAAAUUUGGUAAGCAAUGCUGGAUAUUCUUACUGCUCCGCAUUAACGGUUCAUUCCGGCGAGGAGGUAGAUUAUAAGAAAGGGGAACAAUGGACAGAGAUUUCUGUUGAUUAGAUUUUGGUGAAUUUUGGGUGGUUUUAGUGAUGAGUAGGUUCUCAGACACCAGAGCGAUGAGUGUUUAAAAAAACAUAGAUAGGGAGGGAGGAAAUGCGGGAAAGUGGAUGGAUAGACAGAAACAUGCUUUUGCAAAGUUAGAGCAGUGACAACCUGUAUUGUAGAUUCUUUAGAUCAGAUAUUUGAUUUCAGAUUAGCAGCCAUGCAGACUGGCCUAAGGUGGCAGUAGAUAGUACAUAUAUAAAGAUGGCUUCCUGCAUUGCCUACGCUCGCUGUUUCUUUGCAAACAAAUAUCUGAGUAUGUGAGAUGAAAAGGAAAAACAAAUUUCUGUUAAUUAGAUUUUGGUGAAUUUUGGGUGGUUUUAGUGAUGAGUAGGUUCUCAGACACCAGAGUGAUGAGUGUUUAAAAAAACAUAGAUGGGGGGGAGGAAAUGAGGGAAAGCGGAUGGAUAGACAGAAACAUGCUUUUGCAAAGUUAGAGCAGUGACAACCUGUAUUGUAGAUUCUUUAGGUUCUUUAGGCUCCAUUCCUUGGAAGCCUCCGCAGCAGAUUGGGAGAUCCCAAUAGAAUGCUGGGAAUGGGUGACUGGGGAUGGAUCACUUGAUGAUUACCUGUUCUGUUCAUUCCCUCUGGGGCACUUGGCAUUGGCCACUGUCGGAAGACAGGAUACUGGGCUAGAUGGACCUUGGUCUGACCCAGUAUGGCCGUUCUUAUGUUCUUAUGUAGAAGCCUAUUUGCACUUUUAGGCACUUAAAUCCCUUUAAAAACGUGGCCCCAAAGUCUCAGAAGGAGAUGUUGGAAGAAGGGUCUGAGAUGGAACAUCAUUAUGAUAUAGAAAGAACAAAAACCAAAAACAGCCCUAAAUUCAAUUGUGAUAUAACUUAGUAGAGCUGAGUUAGGGUUGAAUUUGGCCCACAACUGAAAUGAUCGGAUAGCUAAGAUGGUUGAUGAUGGCUGGAUGUUUAAUCAGAUACAGCAAUUGAACUUACUUGUUGUAGAGUGUGAUUAAAUCUGAGCCCAGUGUGCCUUUGAUAGCAUAAUUAGUGCUAAGACAUAUUGCCCUUCUAAGUCAUACAGCACCAUGUUAUUGUAUCUCAUGAUUUCCUUUCUAACAGGUCAGUAGUUGAGCCAUUGACCAGUGUGUACUCAGCUAAAACAGUAACACACAACAUGUUUGUGAGCAAUCCAAUAAGGGUGCACUACUAGCUUAUACAAUUUUAACCACACAAACCCUCACAUCUACUCUCUCCUCUGAAACAUUACUUGUAUCCAUAAAAACAAAACAUCAAGCAGUGUCCUCCUCCCAUACAAUAUUUAGGUGUAAGGACCAAUAAGAUGUUCAGUGUGUGCAAGACACAUUGGCCUCACAUUGCUUACAAAAUUCUCUCCCUGGUAACUUGACCUACCAGUUCUGACUGCUAAAAAGGACAACCUGGAUUAUGGGUGAGAUGUGAUCAGAUCUUACCUAUAUUUCUCUCUCUAAAGAAAGUCUGAACUUGAAGGCCCUGAUACCGCAAACACUUGGGUCUAUGCUUAAUUUGAUGCAUGAGUAGUUCCAUUGAAACCAAACAUGUUUAAAGUUAACCAGGUGUUUGCAGGAUCAAAACUAAAAUGUGCAGGAGGCAUUUCUGGCUUGCGUAGCUGAAGGCGCCCAAUUCCCAUUGGAAGUCAGAGACUCUUGCCUCUCUGAAAAUGCCAAUCUUUCUCAUCUUUCCUCGUGGAGAGACCGCCAGAUAAGAGCUGAAGUCAAUGGGACUGCUCAUGUUCAGAAUGUUAAGCACAACCGUGUUUGCAGGAUAGGUGCCAAAGUGUUUUCCCGUGGAGGUUUGCUACCAAGAGUGCCAAACCUUGAUUAAAAGUGCAGUGUUAAGCAUACGUAUGGCCUGGAGUUUUUAGAGGAAAUUAUUGAGUCAUGAAUUGAAAAAGUGACAACCAGGGGUCAAUGAUAUUCUCAGCCUGUGGCGUCAGGUGUUAGAUCUACCUGCUGACUUUUUUUUUCCCAACCAAAGGAACAAUAAUUUUCCAUUAUGAAAUCUGAGUAAUAAUAUGUAUACACUAUGCUCCCAUUUACUCCAAACCCUAUUAUCCAAACCUCUGGAUUAUCCAAAUCCCUUCCUUUCCCCCCUGCAUGAGAUACAUGCUGGGGGACAAGGAAUGGGUUUGGAUAAUAGAACAGAACCCCCUGGCAAGGACUGUGAGGAGGAGGAGCAGCUCUUGGCCAUGGAGAAGGCCACCUCCCUGCUGAAUGGCUGCUGCCCUCUGGAUUAUCCGAGCUCCCAAUUACCCGAAUAAAAUCUGUGUCCCCCAUGUUAUUCAGCUAAUUGGGAGCGUGGUGUUUAUUGUAUAGCUAUAUUACAGUAUAUUUCUAUAUAACUAUAUAUAGAGAUUUUUGCCUUAACUCAUAUUUUACUAUUUUCUCAUAAGUAGAAAAAUACCUCUUUUGCAAAGGCAUUUGUUCCAUGGAGUCCUACAAUAAUGGCUGAAUACUCAUAACAAACACGUAUCUUCUGCGCCACCCAGAAAUCAUUCUAGGUGGGAAAUCAAACAGCCCGACAGUAUAUAUUGCAUAUAUAGAAGCAUGCAUAUUAUGUAUCAAUUAGUGUGUGUCGUGUGGCAUUGCUAUAAAUGCAGCUUGUGAUACGGUAAUGAGAUUGGAAAAUUGGCUAAUCAUUUUGAACAGCCAUUAAAAAAAGAAAAUUAUUUCAUCUUUCUUUGUUUUCUUCUUUACUUUGCUGCCUUGUCUGGAUUUUGCUGUUGAUAAAUGCCGUCUGGGAUGUUGU